AUGUCUGGACCCAACUCUCACACCACUGCCCUUCCUUUGCCUGCAGGGGAUGAACCCCCUGGAGCCGAUGGGGAGGGAGAACAACACCUCAGUGACCGAAUUCAUCCUCCUCGGUCUCUCCAGCAACCCAGCGGAGCAGCUCAUCCUCUUUGGGGUCUUCACAGCCAUCUACCUGGUGGCCCUGAUGGGCAAUGUGCUCAUCUUACUGCUGGUCAGCCUGGACUCCCGGCUCCACUCGCCCAUGUACUUCUUCCUGGGAAACCUCUCCGUGGUGGACAUCGGCUACACCAGCUCCACCGUACCCAAGAUGCUGGCCAAUUACCUGUCGCGGGACAAGUCCAUCUCAUGGGCCGGUUGCCUCUCCCAGAUGUUCUUCUUCAUCUCCUUUGGGGGGAUCGAGUGCCUGCUACUGGGGGUCAUGGCCUAUGACCGCUACGUGGCCAUCUGUCACCCGCUACACUAUGGCGCGUUCAUGAGCCGGCGGCUGUGUGCCUUGCUGGCUGCAGCUGCCUGGGUCAUGGGCUUGACCAACUCAGCCGUGCACUCAUCCCUGAUGUCCAUCCUGUCCUUCUGCCGGGGCAACAUCCUCCAUCACUUCUUCUGUGACAUCCCCCCACUCUUCCAGCUCUCCUGCUCUGACACCCAGGCCAACCAGGCUGUCACCUUCGCCUUGGGGGGUGCAGUGAUCUUAGGCUCCUUCCUGGGGACCCUGGUGUCCUAUGUGUACAUUGUGAUGGCCAUUCUCAGGAUCCGUACGAGGGAAGGGCGUCUCAAGGCCUUCUCCACCUGCGCCUCCCACCUGACCGUGGUCAGCCUCUACUUUGGCACCAUUAUCUUCACCUACAUCCGCCCCAACUCCACCUACUCGCAGGAGCAGGACCGGGCACUGCCUGUGCUCUAUGGCAUCGUCACCCCCAUGCUCAACCCCAUCAUCUAUAGCCUGAGGAACAAGGAUGUGAAAGGGGCACUCCGAAAUGCCCUGGCUAGGAGCUAG